UCUGAAAAUAUUUUUUUGCUUAUCUUCUCUAGAAAUUCGAAUGGGAUUUAGGCACACAGGCGCUUUCUGUGGAGGAAAAUUUAGUAGUUCAUGUCAAAGAUUGGGAGCGUAUUGGCAGGAAUCGGCUACUUGGCACAGCCACCGUCCCCCUGAAAGACCUUGUAAAGGAUAGCAGUCAUACCAUGCAAGCUGAUGUCAAUCUUUUGGAUGGCAGUAACAGAAUGACACAGGCCAAGCUGUCUCUCCGCUUGGAGUAUAUUCCUCCCAAACCAGGCAAGAGUGUGGAGGGGGAAAUAACAGCAACGGAUGAAACUGAUUUGGGUGCAGAACUAGAUGAUGAAUUUGGACUGGAAGAAGAAGAGGGAGGCAUGGACGAGUUGGAGGGAGGUGGUGCUGCGGGUGUGAGUGAGGCAGUCAGAAAAAAGCGCAGGAGAAGGAGAACUGCAAGGCACAAGUUGUCAAAUAAACCCCAGGAUUUUCAGGUGUGGACAUAAAAUAUAAAAU